UCUCUUCAUUCUGAUCAUGGGAGACAGAGAAUUCACCUCCUAUAUAUAUCUAUUCAAUUUAAUUUUUCUAUUUAAUUUUUCUAUUUUAUUUUUUUUCUCGUUUCUAUGCGGAUUGUUUUUUGCGCAAUCCAUUUUUGGUGGUGAUUUUAAAUUUAUUUUUGAAUUUUUUUUGAAAAAUAUAGCUUGGAGUGAGGUUAGAGGAGAUGGGUAAGGAGGUCGAGGGUUCGAACCCGCCUGAGUCCCGAUAUUUUUUAAAUGAACAAAAGUAAUUUUUAAAAAUAUUAUCUUUUUAUUUUUGGUACUUAGGAGUAGAAUAAAAAAAUUUUUGACUGGAUAUAAAAAUAAAAGGUCAAUUUUUGUGGAGAGAGAGUCGACGGUUCGAACCCGCUUG